AUGAAGCUGAAUAGCUUUGCGUCUUGGGCCUUUCUGGCUAUCGCUGCAUCGGCUUCGCCCACUCCUACGAACCCUGAAGGUCGUCUCCUGAACAAGAGGGCUGCUAUCACGGAUGCAGCAAACAUUGGUUAUGCCACUCAGAAUGGCGGAACCAAGGGUGGCUCCGGAGGAACCACUACUACAGUGACGAACCUUGCUCAACUAUCCGCCGCAGCUAUUGCAUCCGGUCCAGGUAUUGUCAUUGUUUCAGGCAACAUUGUCGGCGCGGCAAAAGUCCAAGUCGGCUCUGAUAAAACUAUCGUGGGAAAGACGGGCAGCUCUCUAGAGGGUAUCGGCCUCACUAUUCUUGGACAAAAGAACGUCAUCGUCCGCAACAUGAAGAUCAGCAAGGUCGAAGCAGACUACGGUGACGCCAUUACCAUCCAGCUAUCCAAGAACGUAUGGGUAGACCACUGCGAUCUUUCUGCCACCCGCGACGGCGACAAGGACUUCUACGAUGGGUUGACUGAUCUCUCUCACGCCGCUGACUGGGUCACCAUCUCCCACACGUACUUUCAUGACCACUCCAAGGGCUCUCUUGUUGGCCACUCUGACAGUAAUGCCGCCGAGGAUACGGGAACCCUCCAUGUCACUUAUGCGAAUAAUCACUUCUACAACGUCCGCAGUCGUGGCCCCCUGUUGCGUUUCGGAACUGCCCAUAUUUACAACCAGUUCUACAACACCAUGGAUACGGGCAUCAACACUCGCAUGAGUGCACAAGCUCUCAUUCAGAGCUCCGUCUUUGAGAAUGUCGGAAAGAAGGCCAUCUUUAGCGAGUCUAGCAAGGAGAUUGGGUAUGCUGUUGCCAUUGAUGUUGUGCUUGGUGGUGAGAGCCAAAACACUGCAUCAGUUGGCACAUUGAAUGCUAACAGCCCUCCUUACUCGUACUCUCUUCUUGGAUCUGCCAAUGUGAAGGCUGCUGUGACCAAGGAGGCCGGACAGACUCUUGGAUUUUGA